CACACACGGACAGGCAGCGUCAAAGUAACUGUCACAAACACCACCGACGGUUCACGGUUAACGGGAUGCAGCCGCCGCGGCUCAGGCUCGGCUAACACCACCGUCCCCGUCCGCGGUAGCUUUAGCCUCCGCCGUCCCCAGCUACUUGUCCCCGGACGACAGAGACGAAGAGCUCCACCGCCUCAGAGAAGCUGCUCAGCUCAGCCAACAAGAAAUGUUCAUCGACAGCCAGUUUCCAGCACUGGAGGAUUUUACUCUUGUUGUGUGCCAUGUCUGCAAUAAGGUGGUCACUCCUCAGGGCAUACUCACACACUAUGGUAGCUGGGGUGUAGUUUCCCUGUGAGACAGACAGAGAAACAGAAAGUCCUGGACCACACCCCCCCUCCCAUUCCCUCCCCACCCUGCUCCCACAAAGACAUGCAUAGCAAAAACCAGAAGCGUCACAGCUCCCCUGUCCCCUCCAGGAGCCCCCUGGUAUCCAUGAAGCCCAAAGCACCGGCAGUGGCCCCCGCUGUGGCUCCCAGUCCUGGAGACACGCUUCCCUUCAGGGUCCCCAAAGAUUACCCUCACUCCCGCUUCAGCAAGGCGCCACUUGCCGUCUAUCCACCAAAGGGGGCACGGAACAAGACAUGCGUAUCGCUUCCUGUCGUAACCUUGGAGAAGAUGCCCUGCCUCAGCCGUGCCGACUCGGCCUCACAUGUGCGCCUCGCCACCUCCUUCUCCUCCCACUCCCCGUCCUCGCUCAAACCCUCCUCCCUCACUCCCUCAGCCUCCCAGCGCUCCAGUGAAAAGCUCACGAAUGGUCGAGGCACCGGUGGGACGCCCACGCCACGCUCCACCACGCCCCCAUCCUCUCUGGACCGGCGGCCCAGUCCAGCACGCUCGCCACUGGACAAGCGGCCGUCGUCUGCACCCUCUCCCUCCCCGCUGGAUCGAAAACCCUCCCCGUCGCCUUUGUUAUCGCACAGACCUGUCGCCUUACCAUCAUCAUCAACAUCGCUGUCGGAUAAGAAGCAACAGAAUGGGACUAAGACCCCCCCCAAGUCGCACAAAAGACUUUCAGGGAGAGUGUUUGAUCCUAACAAGCACUGUGGAGUCCAGGACCCGGAGACGAAACGGCCCUGCACGCGCUCUCUCACCUGCAAGACUCACUCCCUAACCCACCGCCGAGCCGUCCCCGGCCGAAGGAAAGACUUCGACUUCCUCCUGGCCGAACACAAGGGGCGGGCAAAGGAGAAGGAGGGAGCGAAAGAGAAGGAGAAAGAAAGAGACGCUGCUCAGGAGAGUCCCAGCAAGCCUCACUGCUCUAACGGACGUCCGCUGUCCACGCUGAAGCUGCGACUGGCUAAUGCACACAUACCCAGGGCUCCAGGCGGCUCCACCACCUCCAGCCCUCUGCCCCCAGCACCGGUCCCCGCCCCAGCCCCUAACGCCGAGCUGUCCCCUUUCAGCUGGGUGACGACAGUGGGAGACGGCGGUCGCCUUUCCAGCGACGAGGGAGAGGCCGACUCUCCAGAGGACGCUGACAGACCUGCCUUUCACUGCUCCAAUCACCACCCACGGCCUUUAGGGUUUUGCGUAUUCAGCAGCAGGCUCAUGGGACGGGGCCAUUACGUGUUCGACAGGCGGUGGGACAGGAUGAGGCUGGCGCUCCAGAGCAUGGUGGAGAAGCACCUCAACGCACAGAUGUGGAGGAAGGUGCCUCUGGCUGCUGACAGCCUCCUCGCCUCCUCUUGUCCCUCCUCGGUCACGUCACAGCAGACCUCCUGUGCCACCUCCCCCUCCAACUCCCCCUCCUACACCGCCACCUUCCCUCAGUCCACAACCACGGCCUCGGGGUUUAGCAUCCGAGACGCGGCGGCACAAGCCCACGCCCCCAUCUCUUCACCGGGCAAAGCCAGUAACGGCACCCACAAAACCAGCCGCCCAUCCAAAGACACGGACACUGACUCCGCAGCAGGAUGUAAGAAGAGAAAAAACUCUUCAUACUUUUCCUCCUCCCUUUCCUCUCCUUCUUCCUUGAUUUUGACUGUGGAUAAUCACAAGAGGAAUGGCAGCAGCUACCAUCCGACUUCGCAAGGUUCAGGGGGGGCAGCCGCCUCCCCAGCCAGGAAAAAGGGACUCGGGCGCGGGGGGAGCGGGCUUUGGCGCAGCGGAGAUGACUGGCUAUCGAGAUCUGAAGGGUCUCAAAGCCUCAUCUCGCAGAGCAGUCACAGUGUUGGCACCACCAGUGUACCCUUCUCAUCUGGGGAGCUCGCCUCCACGCCUCAUCAGCCCCUGGCUCCCCCCUCUGCACCCCUGGCUUAUGCUGGAGGAGUAGAGGGGAGGAAGAGGAGGAGUCCCACUUCUUACAGAGGGAAGGCGAGCAAACUGAGCAAGCCGGGUGGACUUGAGACCCUCUUUGGGAAGGGAAACGACAUCGGUGGGAUACUGGCGUCAGGGCCAGAAUCUCCAAGACAGGCCAAGUUACAUCACUGACAGGAACCUGUGUCACGGACAGAAUGUUGUGCAGCUGUGGAGGCCACCACCGCUAGUGACCUUUGACCUCGCCACUCUUCCACUGACGCCAUCGAUCAGACUGCUUCUUCUCGGCGAUGUCAAACCCUGUUUACCCAAUGACAGUUCAGUUCGGGACUUUGGAAUCUUUUGCCUACGGUCGGUCUGGCAGAUAACUUCGACUCUCCAUUUUCACUAUGGAAAGCUGCCGCGCAUCACUGUGGUCGUGGUAUUUUCAGAACAAGACAGUGGAAUCCAAAAAACAUUUCCUCUGAAAAGGGAAUUUGCCUCACAGCGUUUUUUACGGCAUAGUUAAUCUUAACACCACUGUACAAUCUUUGGGAAAGCAUUUAAAAAAACAAUCAGUUAAUUUUCUGGUUGUUGUGAUCAUGUUCCCGGUUGCUGUGUUAAGUCAGCGGACAAGGAAAGAGGUCUGUGAUUGUUUUUGGGAGUAAGAUGGUUGAAGGACCUAUUGACACAUCCACUGUAGGACUCUGAUUUCCGCUAUGCCACCCGCCUCCCCCUUCACCCUUUCCUCUGUAUUUUCCUCCUUCUCAAAAAUGGAGGAGACGGCAGCCGUUUUAAUCAGGUUUUACCUUUUCCUUCUCAUGCUUCUCUCCAUCUUUCAACCUCUCCUUAAACUUUCUGCCCCCUCCUUCCCUAUCCAUCCCAGCAUGCCCGUGUUCAAAGUGCACUUAACUGCUUCCCUCUUCGCUGACUACAGAGCGGUCCCCAGCAGUGCCACACUAGGACCUGUUCUCACAAUGGAAGAAAAAACAAAAUCUUCUGUGUUACCAACCAAGCUUUGUAAUUUUAACAUAGGAAGAAAUUUAAUUUUGAAGAUUGUUUUGUUUUUAUUCUCAGUUCUACUUCUUUAAAUGUUGCAAGAAACACAAACUCCUGUCUGUGUGUCAGGACUUGCACCAAAAAAAGGAAUUAUUACCACGGUGUUGGAUGUUUGUUUUUGUUGGGUUUUUUUGUAUAUUAAUUUAUGUACUUAAAUGUUUGUUUUCUAAAUGACCAUCAAGGAUUGAGCUGCAGAGAUAUUUUAAACAAAAAAAUUAUCUCUGGCAUUUUGAAGAAAUGUUGAAAGUAUUACGUUCAUAUUGUUGAAAAUGUGUACAUAUCUGUUAUUUUUGUAUUUAUUAAUAAUUGUCCCCUUUUACUAAAUAUGAGCUAAAAGAGGGAGUAUUUUCCCUCUUGUUCUGUGUUCAAUGAUGAUUAGAUUGAUCUGGUUUCUCGAAAUCUUCAAAGAAUUAGCAAGUUUUGAAAUUCAUCCUAAUCAAUAGUGCAGAAGACGCCAGAUAAGAGCUUUAACUGUGAUUUCAAUUCAUCUCAUCUCCUUUUAGCUUUGUUGCCAAGUAACAACAACAUGUGGUCAGUCAAAUAGAUUGUAUAUAAAGAUGGACGUCACGUCUCCUCCUCCUCCCUCUAUCCAGAAAUGAAGCCAAAAUAUCCUGGACACGGACGCCGCCAUCUUGUGCCUUUGGAGUCAGAGUCUGCGCAGUAGCGAUUGAACGACGGAGCCGCAGUAUCAAGGUUCUGCCGAUACACACGCUCGAACAAUUGCAAAUCAGUCUUAGCUGUCGAUCAUUAAGUUUCACCCUGUUUUUAUAGCAUCAAUUGAUUAAAACCAAAGUAAUCUGAAAUAUUUAACACUUCAUACAUUAGUAUGACAACAGGUACCUAAAAUAAUAGAAACCAUCUUUAAAAAUAAUUAUUUGACUUGUACUUUUCAUUUUUAGUUCGGCCCACGGCUCUGUCUGCUUGCAUGAGGAAAGAUUUAUGACCUAUUCUCAAGCCAGCCACCAGGGGGCGAUUCAUGUCGUCCAUCUUUUUAUAUAGUGAAGUGGACAAACUACAAACUAUUUAAUUCAGGUAAAUUCUAAUAACUACCAUCAUGUUGUCUGACAACAACAAUCUGGAUUCAAUCUCCACUUGUGCAGCUUUCAUCCACACCUCGUCUGCCACGUCCCAACUCCAUACUAACUGUACACAGUGCACAUCACUUCCUAAACAUACUUUACUGUUCUUGCUGUGAGUUUGCAAGACAUCCACAUAUUAAGUGUUACAUACUAACAGACAAAAUACUGUCUCCAAAGAUUAAAUACUUAUUUUUUCUAUUUGUUUUUUCUUGAGCUGUUCCGUCACUUCCUGCAAUUAAUUCACAUUAUAAUCCUCCUCCAUCUCCGAUGUGCUUUACAUUUUCAGCACACUCAAAAAAGUGUAACAUGCACACAGUCCUCACUUUUACACCAUAUACUUAAAAACUUUGUAGAAUUAGUGUGUAGGUUGGGAUGGCGUUUGUCAGCAGAUUGAAUCAUGGAGAAAGUUGUAGCAUGACCAAAGUAUUUUCGUCAUAUGAUAACAGGUGGUCGUAUAUUGUUGAUUAUUUAUUUCACAGGUUAAGAAUCACGCUCAGUUAUUUUGUGUUUUCAUUUAGUGAAACUAACCAUUUACACAGAAAACAUGUCCAACGUCACAAAAUGCUCCGUCAAUACGGUCGGUUAUUCUAUUCAUAGACCAGCAACAAAAUCGUGCUUGCGCCCAAUGUCCAGAUCAGGAUAUUUCCCCCUAUUUAGCUCGUUGAAGCAGAUUUAAGAAUAAAGACAAUUUAUGUAUAUGCAACCACCUAUAAAUGUGAAAUGUGGCUGCACCAGAUGUGGAAAAGGCCGACAGCCAAGAGUCCCAUUUCCCAAAGAUAGCAACAGAAUGCAUUUUCAAUUUCAAGACUUAAUCAUGUUUGGUUCUUCACGUCCUGUAAUGUAGAUAAGAUGGUCCAAAAUGUCAGUGGACACUUUUUCUAUGCUUCUCUUCAAGUACUUCUUCAUAUUUCAGUGGAUACACGCCAGAACACAAUGUGCACCUGAUGUACGCAAAUGAAAACAUUUGGCUUUUGCGAAACCAGGCAGUUUUUAGCAUAUUUAACCUUAAGGGCCCCACAUUCCUGUUUUUUCAUAUUUCUUUCAAAUUUCAAAACAAUACUUUUAAAUAGUCUUUGACCUUCAAAGGACUAGCAGUUCCUAGAGCAGUUCAGCGACACCGGCUCUGUGGUGUUUAUUUUAAUGUAGAUACACAUGUAUUAUCUGGGUACUCAGUGUUUAAUUAACAUGCCUACAAUGACAUGUAUUUUUUUCGCUUUUCUCUCUUGAGGCCUGUUACCGCCUGCCGUGCUCACACGUGUUUAAGUUGACAAACUUACGAUAAAAGACCAACAGAUACACUAGUGCAUAAAUGGUUCAUGUUGCUUUACCAGCUAAUAAAUCCUUGCUUGAUUUUCCAGCUCAGUAUAUUCUUAUCACGAGUAUCUACAGAUCAAAGAUGACGAUGAUAAUCUCUGUGCUAAGAUGUUUUUGGGAAACGCCGCCGUGUCUUAGCGUUGAUGGUAACGGAAAUGAGAAGUUACACUUUGUUGCAGCUAAAAUUCAAAAUGAAUCUCUUGGAUGUUUAUUUCAGAGCAGUUGUAUAUUUCCUUUGCUGUUGAAUUAUAUGGAGGUGUUAACAGGUAUUUUAUAAACCUUCCCCUUUAUUUUGUUUUUUUUGCACUUUGUUAUAAAGCCCAGAUCUCUAAACAACCUAUUUAUAUAAAUAUUUGAGAUAUAUAUUGAAAGAAUCUGUAUAUAUUUUUUGAAGUGUUUCUGGCAACUACAGUGAAAGAAGAUGAACAGUUUAUUCUCGGUGAGUUGGCCCCGAAACCAACCCAUUUUUAAAUAUUUUUUUUGUAUCUGAUCCUAAUUGUGGUGAAUGUUAAAAUGCCUUUGUAUUAUUUUGGGGGUUUAUUCAGUCUCAGUGCAGUUGGAUCAGAAAACAAAAUCCCAUCAAAACAAUUUAACAAUUGCUGUAAAAAAAAAAAAAAGUUCUUAUAUCCAAGCUUUUAUUAAAUGAUUUGAAGUGGAUGCUGUGUUAUUUGUAAAUCAAAGAUGCAGCUUUUAUAUUUCUAAGUGAAUCCCACUGCUCAUUGUUUUUGUGUAUUUCUUUUGUCAUUAUUACAACUUGCGAUUGUCGAAGCAGCUCAUCA